GGGUGUCCCCGCGGUAACCGGAGCGGCGGCGGCGGCGCUUCCGGGCGGAGGGAGCGCAGGGAUAAAAGCGCGGCGGUGCUGCGGCCGGGCCUCUUCCGGUUCUCCCUCAGAGCCGCCAUGACCAAGAAGAGGAGGAACAACGGCCGUGCCAAGAAGGGCCGCGGGCACGUGCAGCCCAUCCGCUGCACCAACUGCGCCCGCUGCGUGCCCAAGGACAAGGCCAUCAAGAAAUUCGUCAUCAGGAACAUCGUGGAGGCUGCUGCUGUCAGGGACAUCUCUGAGGCCAGCGUGUUUGACUCCUACGUGCUGCCCAAGCUGUACGUGAAGCUGCAUUACUGCGUCAGCUGCGCCAUCCACAGCAAGGUGGUUCGGAACCGCUCCCGCGAGGCCCGCAAGGACCGCACGCCCCCGCCCCGCUUCCGCCCCGCCGGAGCAGCCCCCCGGCCCCCCCCCAAGCCCAUGUGAGGAGACCCCGGCCCCGCGCGGGACCCCCAGGGCAGAGACCCCCAGAGUCAAUAAAGGAUCUGCCCCGAGCCGGCUCCGUCCUUUGGGGGGAUUUGGGGGGUCCUGA